AUGGAUCAUCUGCUUAUGAAUACACGACCACUCUUCUCACUAACCUACCAUGCCAUCUUUCUUCUGUUCCUCUCUUUAUCCAUCUCUGAAUUUUCCUCAGCUACCACACUUUCAAACGAAACUGAUAAACUUGCACUGCUCGAAUUCAAGUCCCACAUAGAUAGCCCUCUGGCUUCUUGGAAUGACUCUUUCCAUUUCUGCCAUUGGGUUGGGGUCACUUGUGGCAACAAACACCAAAGAGUCAUCGGUUUGGACCUAAAAAACAAUAAGUUGGUAGGCACCAUAUCACCCCACAUUGGAAAUCUUUCUUUCCUUCGAUCCCUCAACUUUGCAAGUAACUCUUUCCAUGGUGGAAUUCCCUCAGAAGUUGGUUACUUGACCAGGCUUCGAAAUUUGAACCUGAGUUAUAAUCCAAUAUUGGGAGGGGAAAUUCCAGCCAAUCUUUCUCACUGUUCCGACCUACAGUAUCUUGAUCUCCAGUACAACGAUUUAGUACAAGGAAUCCCUUCAGAACUUGGCUUUUUGUCAAAACUUCAGAUACUAAUUCUUGACAACAAUCGUUUAAGUGGAAGGUUCCCACCUUCUCUGGGGAACCUGUCCUCUCUCCAAAAUCUUUCGUUUGCAGAUAACAAUUUGGAGGGAGAAAUCCCAAAUACAGUAGCCCAAAUGAAAAGCUUGACAUCUUUUAUUGUAUCAGGAAAUCAUCUUUCUGGUGUGUUUCCACCUUCCUUAUACAAUUUAUCAUUGCUCACACGUAUUGCCUUGACUGAUAACAACUUCACUGGUAACCUCAGCCCCGACUUGGGCAUUGCUCUUCAAAAUCUGCAGAUACUUUGGAUAGGAGGAAACCAAUUUACAGGAAAAAUUCCAGUUUCAUUGUCCAAUGCAUCAGACAUUCAAGGGCUUGAAAUCUUAGAAAAUCAAUUUACAGGAACCAUACCUAUGAGUUUUGGUAAUCUACGAAAUCUUCAAUGGUUUGGUGCUUAUUCUAAUCUUCUUGGAAAUAACUCAGUUGAUGAUUUGAGUUUUCUGAGUUCUUUGAACAAUUGCAGCCAGUUACACGUUCUGGAUGUUAGCUAUAACCAGCUUGGAGGGAAUAUUCCAUCUUCAAUUGGAAAGCUCACAAACUUGAACGCGUUGUACUUGGGUGAAAACAAAUUGACUGGGGUGAUCCCGUCUUCCGUUGGCAACAUGACUCAAUUACUAUAUCUCUCCUUGUUCAAUAACAGCUUAGAAGGGAGCAUAACCACUAGUCUUGGAAGGUAUUUUGGAAACUUGAAACUUCUUGUUGCACUAUAUGUUUCAUACAACAAAUUUUCCAAAGAGAUUCCAGCCCAGCUAGGGGACUGUUUGGCCUUAGAAACACUUGAUAUGCAAGGCAACUCCUUUGAAGGAACCAUUCCCAACCUAAGUAAGUUAAAAGGUAUUCAAUAUCUUGAUCUUUCCCACAACAACUUGUCCGGCCAAAUCGCAAGCUAUAUGGCUAAUUUUCCGGUGUUGCAAACUUUAAACCUGUCUUUCAACAAUCUUGAGGGAGAUGUACCUGUAAAAGGGGUCUUCAAAAAUGCUAGUGCAGUUGAAGUCAAAGGCAACACUGGUCUUUGUGGGGGGAUCCAAGAGCUGCAUUUGCCUGCAUGCUCCAUUCAAAGAUCCAAGAAACACAAAAAGCAUUUUGCUUUUAAAUUGAUACUGGCAAUAAGCAUUGCAGCUGCUUUCUGCUUGACAUUGUUUUCUUUGAUGGCUCUUUCCCGGUUGAAAAAGUCGAAGAAAAAAAGCCUUUCCAUUUCCACCGUUGGACCCUCCUACCAAAAGAUCUCUUAUAAAGAAUUACACAACGCAACUGAUGGAUUCUCUUUGGAGAAUUUGAUUGGUUCAGGUAAUUUUGGUAGUGUCUAUAAAGGAAAACUUGGUCCAGAUGAAACACAUGUUGCAGUCAAGGUACUCAAUCUUCAAAAGCAAGGAGCUUCCAAGAGUUUCAUUGCUGAAUGUGAAGCCUUGAGGAACAUCCGGCAUCGAAACCUCGUUAAGAUUCUGACUGCUUGUUCGAGUAUUGAUUUUAAGGGCAAUGAUUUUAAAGCUUUAGUAUAUGAGUUCAUGCCAAAUGGAAGCUUGGAGAUGCAGUUACAUCCUGAAGAUGGGCUCAAGCAAUUGAGAAGUUUAAAUCUUCUUCAAAGAAUCAACAUUGCUAUAGACGUGGCUUCGGCUUUGCUUUAUCUUCAUCAUCAUUGCCAAACCCCUAUUAUUCAUUGUGAUCUAAAGCCAAGCAAUAUUCUUCUCGAUGAUGAUAUGAUUGCUCAUAUAAGUGAUUUUGGUUUGGCUAGACUCCUUUCGAAAUCUGGGAAGGAAGCUUUUCUAAAUCAAUUAAGCUCAGCAGGGAUUAAGGGAACUGUUGGAUAUGCUGCUCCAGAGUAUGGAAUGGGUAGUCAACUUUCAACUAAUGGGGAUGUGUACAGCUUUGGGAUCCUCUUAUUGGAGAUGUUAACUGGAAGAAGACCCACUGAUAAACUAUUCAAAGAUGACCUGAACCUUCACAACUUUGUUAAGUUGGCAUUGCCGGGACGAGUGAUGGAGAUUGUGGACCAUUCAAUUUUCAACAAAGCAGGAGAAAAUGAUAACAUGGUUUCAAGUUGGAGUGACUGGACAAGUGGACAGACUGAAUGCUUGAUAUCGGUCUUUCAGAUUGGACUUGCAUGUUCAGCACAAUCUCCUAUAGACAGAAUGGACAUGAACAGAGUAGCUCUAGAAUUGCUUUCAAUUAAAAGGAAAAUUCCUUUGGAAGCUUCACGUUACAGGCAAAGCCCAAGAAUAGGUAUCCACAAUAGUUAA